CCAUAGCCUCCGGCUGCAACUUGCUCGUGUCCGGCAACCAGUCAUCGUCAACGCCAGUCACCUCGACAGCUCCAGCGAGUCGACUCUAGUCAAGCACCUGCUUCACUAGUUCGUCACCGCAUCCGCUCAACUGGGUCUCAACUGGGUCUCAACUGGGUCUCAAUACGGAACUUCCGCCUCCUCUGGAGUUGUCUCUUCUGUCCACCCAACAGGCAUCACCAUCCUUUCCUAGGAGUUGCCUGCAUCAUCCACCGCACUACCGUCUCAGAUUCCCAACCACCGCCAAGACUUCUCUCUCGACUUAGUCAAACGACGAGACCAUGGCCGACCAGAACCAAGUGCAGCAGUGGCACGUCACCGAGCCGUAUCUGGAUCUGCACUGCCAGCUCGGAGAGGGUCCCUACUUCGAAAAGGGCACCCAGACGCUGCGCUUUGUCGACAUCAAGCAAAAGCGACUCCACACCGUCUCGGUCACGGAAGGGCCAGGUUCGCUCAAGACCCUCCAGCUAGAUUCCCCGAUUGGUGUCACGGCCAACAUCCAGGGUCAGGAUCCGCAGGAAAAGAUUCUAGUGGCGCUCAAGUAUGGCAUUGCCCUCCUCGACCGAAAGACGGGUCAGUAUGACUACUUGACCCGCAUUGGUGGCGAGCCCGACAGAAUGAGGUCCAACGACGGUGCCGUUGAUCCGCAUGGUCGUUUCUGGCUCGGUACCAUGAAUGAUUUUCACGUUGGUGAGCCGCAAACCGAAGGAUUCCUCUACCGAUUCGAUCUCGGAAAGUCCAAGGAGGAGAUCGAGUCAGGUUUGAUCAUCCCCAACAGCCUUGGCUGGUCUCCGGAUGGCAAGACCAUGUACUUCACCCACACGCCUGAGAACACCAUCUUUGCGUGGGACUACAACCCCGAAGACGGCAGCCUCUCCAACAAGCGCGUCCAUUACAAGCACGAGGAGAAGGGUCACUUGGACGGGUUCAGGGUCGAUAAGGAUGGCAACAUCUGGCACGCCCUGUACGACGGCGGCUCCGUCAUCAAGAUCUCACCGGCCGGGAAGAUCUUGGGCCGAAUCAUCCUGCCGACCAACAACAUCACUUGCGUCGAGUUUGUGGAUACUGAGCUGUUCAUCACCAGCGCCGCGGACGAGGACAGCGAGGAGGGGACCCCGAGUAGGAAGUACGGCGGUGGCCUGUUUAGGGUCGAUGUCGGCACUACCGGAUUGGACCACACCGAGUUCAAACUGGAGUAAAGAUGUUGUUCCUAGGCAAAUGAUAUCUGCAUGAUUUGCAUACACAGUGUAUCUGGUCUUUUCGUCUGCAUGUCUCAGUCCAAGGUUCAGGAGAGGACGAACCGAGGACAGUGUGUGUGGCAUACAGAUAUCCAGCUGUUUACGUACCUGCCUGGUCCUAGGUAGACAGCACUAAAUUAGUGAAAGCCGAUGGACGGCGAUAUCCAGAGCUUUGCAUAGAUCUCUCAGAUCUCUCUCUCUCGGAUGUUUCAAGUGUCUCACUUUUGGUCGUCGCUUAGGUUCGUUUUGUGGCUC